AUGGCAGACUAUUCCAACCUUCCCGACUUCGACUCCCUGCCCAAGGUGGAGGGCAUGCCCCAGGGCUGCGCGUGGGGUGUCUUCGACAAGGACGGCAAAAAGGACCACCUCGGCUGCCUGAACCUGCUCACGCCCAAGGUGGUGCAGGAGGCGUUCAAGGAAGCGCGCGACGGCGUGUCGGUGUCUCUGAACUGGCCGAUCGGCGCCAUCAAGAAGCCCGGCUUCGCGCGCAAGGGCCUCGAGCACAAGGUGCUGUCGUUCAAGGAAGGGCCCUUUGACCUGUACGGCUUUGACGACGAGCUCGAGUUCAACACGCAGUGCUCCUCGCAGUGGGACAGCCUGGUGCACUUUGCCCACCAGCCCACGGGCCUCAGCUACAACGGCGUGAAACCCACGCGCGACCAGCUCGUGCAGGAGUUUGGCAACGUCGACCUCGACAAGGCCCUCCCCACGCUGAACCACUGGCACGACCGGGGCGGGCUGGUCGGCCGCGGCGUCCUGCUCGACUACCGCGCCUACGCCCAGGCCAAGGGCAUCACGUACGACUGCUUCUCCAGCCACGCCAUCUCGGUGCAGGACCUCGAGGCCGUGGCCAAGCACCAGGGCACCGAGUUCCGCCACGGCGACAUCCUCAUUGUGCGGUCUGGGUUCACGGAGGAUUUGGGCGCCGCCAACGCCGAGGAGCAGGAACGCCUGCUCGGCACGCACAAGGCCGUCGGCGUCAAGGGCGUUCGGGAGUCGGCCAGGUGGGUGUGGAACCACCAUUUCGCCGCUGUCGCGGGCGACGCCAUCGCCUUUGAGCAGCUACCUCCAGUAGUCGAGGAUGAAGGGAACCGCGAAGGCGGCAUCGGAGAGCUUGUCCUCCACCAGUACUUCCUCUCCCUCUUCGGCCUCCCCAUCGGCGAACUCUGGGACCUCAAGGCCCUAGGCGACCACUGCAAGAAGAUCGGCCGCUAUUCGUUCCUGCUGACGAGCGUGCCGCUCAACGUUCCUGGCGGGAUUGGAAGCCCGCCCAACGCUCUGGCCAUCUUUUAG